CUAUCGUCAAUCACCAUUGACCAUACCCUAUUCUUACAAGAUUUCCGUCUGAUGGCCUCUCCCCACCCCCACCACCACCUCCACCACCACAAUAGCCACCCCAGCACCACCAUCCCAACCAGCUGCUGUUGUUGCUGCUGCUGUACCCCAUCUCCCCACCCUCCACCACCAGACCCACUUCUGCAAUCUCUAGCUUCUCACCUCCUCCACACUCCUCCAGACCAACCCCAUCUCUACUCUCCCUACUUCAACACACCCUACGACCCCCACAACCUCCACCACCACCACCACCACCACCACCACCAAACCCAAUACCACCCACCUCAGCCCCACCAACAAAAACAGCAACGCCACCACCAGAACCACCCCCAACCACCCCAAAUCCAACCCACUGUCUCCUCCCUCGUCCUCCGCAUCGCCGCCCUCGAAUCCUCCCUCCGCCACCAGUUCUCUGCCAAUUCUACUGCUGCUUAUUCACUCAGAGAUGCUGCCGCCCGAACCAUCCAAACCCACUUCAGAGCCUUCCUGGUCCGCAGAUCACGAACUCUACGACAACUCAAAGACCUCGCUUUCAUCAAAUCCACUCUUAACACUCUCAAAACCUCUCUAUCUGACAAUACCCACUUUAAUUCUCAAGCUCUCUCUCGCAAAGCCAUGGACUUGCUUCUCAAGCUCGACUCUAUUCAGGGUUUUGAUUCGAUGAUUAGGGAUGGUAAAAGGUCGAUUAGCAGAGAAUUGAUUCGGUUUAUAGAGUUCAUUGAUGGGGUUUCUUCGAGAAGGAAAGAACUUUCAAGCAGAGCAACGAAGAAUGUGAGAUUUGUUGGUAAUGGUAAUAAAUCUAGGGUUUCGUACAAUGGUCACAGGAUGGGCAAUGCUGAUUGUGGAGAUAUGGGUGGAAAUGAGAGAGAAUUGAAGGAGAAAUUGAGGGUUCUAACUGAAAAAAUCAAUGGGUUUUCUGAGAUUUCUGAAGAGGAUGACGAGGAAGAUGUGGGACUUGAAAACCCUAAUGUUUCCAUUAAUGGAAAGGUUGGUUUUCCCCAAAAUAGAAAUGGGAUUCAACCCAAAGCAAAGAAGAAUGUGAGAUUUGCAGAGAAUGGGAAUGUUUAUAGGGUUUUCAAGGAUACCCAUGAGCCAAUUUCAAGUGGGGAUGUUAAUAGUAGUGAUGGGAGUGGUUCAAUUGAUGAUGAGAGAGAGCUUGUGGACAAUCUUUGUAGGGAAGUUGAAGAAAUUGGUGGUUUUGCUAAGGAAAUCGAGGAUGAAGAGGAAGGAAUCAUGGAUGAUGGAGGCUCUUCCAUAAACAUGGAUGGUGAAAGAAACCCUAGGAGGAGUUUGAGAGCUGAAGGUAACUAUGAAAUUAAUGGGCAGCAUCAGGGUCAAAAUGGGAACUUUACCUUCUCUGCUCCAUUGCCUGUGAAGAUGGAAUCUAAAGCUGAUUUGAUCAAGAAGAAUAAGUCGUGAAAAUAGUUAAUUGAAGGGCCAGAACAUGAGUUAGGUUUAGCUAGUCUCACAAUUCCUCUAAACGGUUGCAGCCCUCCCUCCCGUUACCGCUCCUAUUCUCAUUCCGUGUGAUUUAAAUUUUGUCACUCUCUCGCAUUGUAUCACUUAGGUUUAGCCCUGCAACUUUUGUGGUUUACUGGAAAAUCAGAUUUUUCUGUUACGAAAUUUUGUUCUAAUUGUUAGUUUUUGUGUUGAUUAGAGAAGUGCCAGAAAAAUGGUUUGAGGUUGGGACUUGUGAGUUUAUUCUCAUAACCAUCAUCUCAUCCAGUGUAACAGAGGGUUGUGAUUUUGUGACUGUAACUUGUCCCCAAAGGGUUUUUGGUGUUAGUGAAAUAUGACUCUUUUCACAAAGUGUCAUUUUGUGACU